GAGCAACAGAAUGAGGCUUUUGUUGCGCCUAGGCCUCGUUCGUUAUUCGACGAGGCGACCAGCUUGCGUGAAGCCCUUCGAUCGAUCAGCGAUGGUUUAUUUGCGGCGUCGUUCUUUCAUUGGGAGUUUCGUUCUUGCUGCUGGCUCGUCUGCGUCGGUCGCUGAUCGCCUGGCUGCUUUCCCGGCAUGAGAGAGUUUGGUGUGCUUUCUCAAGAUACAUCCGAACAAGGAUCUCCGAUCGAGCAGUGAUGUAGUUUCUCUGGGGGCGAUGUUGUUUGGGGGCGACCUGCAAUAUCAUCUGUGGAAUAGACGUGAAAUUUGGUGUUUGAAAGGACCUCGUUAGAUUCUCGAGUGGAGUUCUGAAAGAGCGGUUCUUGAUUCAGGCCAAAGAGUCAAGAAUCUGUUACUGGAAGUCGAUCUGACCCUUUCGACGGUCUUUAUGCAUUGGACGCGUUCUUGAGCCAAGACUCUCGUGAAUGAGCUAUGUUGAAGUUCGAUAUCCCAAAUGUUCGACUGAGGUUGGUGCACGGCGGAAGGCAUGAUAAGCGAACGAGUACUCAAGGAACAGCUGAUUGUGCAGUAAUCGACGUCUACCUGCAGUGAACAAGCUGAGUGACUUCCAGUUUGGGCAAUUUGAAACUAGCUCAAAGCAUGGAAAACAAUCUUAUUCUUACACUGGAAGCUCUUGCAUCGUCUGGAUGCAUUGUUCCGAGUGAGAUGCGGUGUGCUAUACAAAUCUCCCUCAAGUACAAGAAAAGAGACGCUGGACUCAGAAGUCUUUCUCUAUGGGGCCGGAUAUUUACGGCGGGAGGAAAAGACUACUUACUGGCGGAAGGAGUAAAAAGCAUAAAGCUCGUCAAACGAAAAUUGGUGUUUGACACAAGAUACUACUUCAGCCAAAAUGGAGCGGUAUGGCUCGAUUUGCAAUCUCCUUCUGACGAGCAGUUUGACCUUUGCAAGAAAAUUAAGGGUCCAUUUAGAGGCGACCCAAGCCAUCUGUACUUCGUCCCAGAUCCUCCACCACCACCCCUACCUCCUCCUGGCCCAGAGACGACGAUGCAGCCUGCGUUUCUUACUCCAACAACAGCCGUGGCAGAAGAGGGAGAAGGAGAUUCUAAGGAGGAAGAUUCGGCCACAGAAGGGGAAUCUGAAAUGGACGAAGAUAGCGAUGGGCCUCCUCCCCCGGCAGAAGCACAGGUUGAAACUGAUGAGGAGGGUCCAGAUCCCGAGCUCAAUCCAGAAGAAGAUAACGGGGAGCCUGCCGAGCCUCCUCCUCCGAAGGGGCAAGACGUUGGUGAGCUUGUGAGGCUGGCAUCCUUGAUGAGGUGGGUAGACGAAGACUGCGGUGUCGUGCCAAUUGGUGGUAUGGUGCUUGACGCCCAUAACAAUCUUGUUCAGAAUGUCGUCUUUCCUGGGCUAGAGUUCGCUGACAAACUUGAAUAUUACGGACAUCUGUUUCGAGGCUACGAGCGGGGACCACUAUCCAAGGACAUAACAGGUUUCUGGAGUUUGCAACAGCAGCCUCUGACAAACGAUGUUACGAUUAGGAGUCUUCUUUGGCCAGGUUAUCACAUGUACUGUUCUGGCACCAACUUUGAUUUUGGAUCUUUGUAUUUUGGAUGGGGGGAGAGGAACAGAGACAUUGCGUUCAUGAUAAACUAGCUUGUAAUACACUGGAGCAAAAAAUGAAAUUAUUAUUCAUACCUGACAGCGAUGUCCGAACACAUAUAUGAAUUAGCAAAGUACGAAUUUACACCCAGAUCCCUUUGCGACAAUGUUAAAUGCACCGAGGCAACCUCUAGGUAGUACACACAAAGUCAUGUAAUAGCCGUCACUGGACGAACCCACGUUUUUUACACCACUACAUACGCUCCCCUUCAAAGUCCAGAGAAGACAAUAUAUGAGUAAACUUCUGAUAAUAUACGUACUACCAUUCACAUUUCUCUUC